UGUUAGAUGCUCCUGAGACGCGUGCAAGGACGGAGUUAAGUUUAAGUUGUGUUCGUAGAUGAAUGGAUGGAUGCCUGGAUGGAUGCAUGGUUUGUUUGGAUGGAUGAAAGAACGGAUGGCGGGCAGUGACUGUAAAUAGGCGUGGGAACCAGAAUCUAGUUCCUGGGCGGAGCUGACUUCGUUGCCGCCAAGCUUCAAACCGGACAUCACCAUCUUCGCCGGCAGCAGCUGCAGCAGAGCCCGCUCUGAUUAAUCCCUCAAUUAGGAAACCCCUCUUCUUCUUUUUUUAAUUAGCCGAAAAUGCCUAUCACUCCGAAGAGACCCUGCCCGGACCCGAUGAACUACUCCCCGGACGACUCCCCGAGCAACUCCCUGAACGACUCCAUGAACGACUCCAUGGAGAAGAGGAUAAAGCGCAUUUCGUUCGAGGGCAACAUCGCCGCGGGUAAAUCCACAUUUGUGCGCCUUUUGGAACAGGAGAGCGCAGACUGGGAGGUGGUGCCAGAGCCGAUCGCCAGGUGGUGCAAUGUCCAAACAAAAGGCAGCGACUUCGAGGAGCUGACCACCUCACAGAGCAGCGGGGGCAACGUGCUGCAGAUGAUGUACGAGAAGCCCGAGAGGUGGGGGUUCACCUUCCAGAGCUACGCCUGCCUGAGCCGGAUCAGGGCCCAGAUCCGCUCGGCCAACGGGAAGCUGCGCGAGGCCGAGAAUCCCGUGCAGUUCUUCGAGCGCUCCAUCUACAGCGACAGGUACAUCUUCACUGCCAACCUGUACGAGAGCGAAUGCCUGAAUGAGACUGAAUGGUCCAUCUACCAGGACUGGCACGGCUGGCUGCACGACCAGUUUGGCAAGCACAUCAAGCUGGACGGUAUCGUCUACCUCAGAGCCUCGCCUGAGAAAUGCAUGGAGAGAUUACACUCGAGAGGCAGAGAGGAGGAGCAGGACAUCCCCCUGGAGUACUUGGAAAAGCUCCACUUUAAGCACGAGAGCUGGCUGCAGCACAAGACCAUGACCAUGGACUUCCAGUACCUCAGAGACGUGCCGGUGCUGACCUUAGACGUGAACGAAGACUUUAAUCAAAGUAGUAACAAGAGCGCUGACAUGAUUGAAAAGGUGAAGGAGUUCGUGAGCACGUUGUAAACUCCCGCCGAGACGGAGCAGUUUACUUUCAUUUGACCAUGAAAUGCUUUUUAAACAGUGACUGAAAAUUAUCAGCCCUUAAAACUACAAGUUGUUGUUUUUUUUUGUUUUUUUUUUCUUUUCUUUUUUAAUCCAUGUUGUAUAUUUAUCUUUUAUGCUUUGUGAAAUUGUUCUAUGUGUUUACUGAAUAAAGACAAUAAACUUGAACGUGAAAUGAG